UUCCAGUCGGUUUCCCUGUGAUUCUCCCCCCAAUUCCCCUGUUUUCAGAGCUUCUACAGCUUUUCUUCUUGGAAAUGGCGGCUGAAGAUGAGCAGACCAGAUUGGCGCAGAACAAGCGACCUCAUUCUGAAGUAGACGCCAACGACGAUGAAAACGCCUCUUCUUCUGACGAUGACUUCGGUCCUGCCUUACCGUCCGCCGAUGCGCCCAAAAAGAAGCGAAGAAAGCUUCCCUUCGAGAAGGUUUACGUGAAUGCGCUGCCCGUAUCGCCUCGGUACUCCAAAUCGCUCAUGCACAAGGACCAAUUAUCCUUUACGACGGUGACGCCGCAUACGGACUUCUUAAUUACUUCGUCGAUUGAUGGGGUAGUAAAGUUUUGGAAGAAGAUGGCUGUCGGAGUCGAGUUUGUGAAGGAGUUCCGCGCUCAUUCUACCGAGAUCAAAAACGUCAGUGUGAGCGCGGAUGGACGAAGCUUUGCGACAACAGGGUCAGACAAGACGGUCAAGAUCUUCGAUGUGAUUACUUUCGACUUGCUUGCUAUGCUGACUCUGGAAUUCGAGCCUCGCUGCAUUUGCUGGGUGCACCCCCGCGGCGCAUCUUUACCACUCCUAGCCGUGACCGACGAAGCCAGCAGUUUAAUACAAAUAUACGACGGACGCGGCGAGAACCCAAACCCAUUACAUACCCUGAAAAACGUCCACCGAAGCCCAGUGGCGGCCAUAGCCUUCAACGAUGCUUACGAUUGUGUCUUAUCAGCAGACGAGUCGGGUAUGAUCGAAUACUGGAGAGCUUCGGAUGGCUCUUUCGAGAAGCCAGACAACGUGUUUGAGCUCAAGUCUUCUACCAAUCUCUUCGAGUUCAAGAAAGCCAAAUCUACCCCGGCUUCCUUGACAAUUUCCCCGUCAGGAAAACAGUUCGCAACAGUCUCAUUCCCAGAUCGCCAAGUCCGUGUCUUCGAUUUCGCUUCAGGAAAGCUAUACCGCAAGUAUGACGAAUCUCUAUCCACAAUCACAGACAUGCAGCAAGCUGGAACCGCGAUAUACACCCUCGAAGCUGUUGAAUUCGGUCGCCGUCUCGCCGCCGAGCGCGAGCUCGAAAAUCCCGUCACUAAGCCCAAGGUCAACGUCAUCUUCGACGAAUCCAACCACUUCAUCCUGUACGGUUCCCUGUACGGCAUAAAAUGCAUCAACACGUACACCAACCGCGUUGUGCGCGUCUACGCCAAAGACGAGCCUUUCCGCCCUCUCAACCUAGCCAUGUACCAAGGACAGCCUCAGAAGAAGGGCGUCGUGACCGUCUCCAUGGCGGCCAGUUCAAAUCCACUUCUUGCCGAAGCUGAAGAGCGCGACCCCAUCCUCGUCUCGACUGGCUUCGCAAAGCUCCGCUUCUACCUCUUUACCAACGAAACUGACAUCUCCAAAUCCACUCGCGAUGUCCACAACGAACGGCCCUGCGACGCUGCCUCAGCUGCAUCAACGACCGCGGCCCAGAAGACCGCCGAGCUAGGUACCUCCGCUGUCCUCCACACCACACUAGGAGACAUCCAUCUCCGACUCUUCCCCUCCGCAGCCCCCAAGGCCGUCGAGAACUUCACCACCCACGCCCGCCAGGGCUACUACAACAACACGAUUUUCCACCGGAUUAUCCGUAAAUUCAUGAUUCAGGGCGGUGACCCGCUCGGCGACGGCACAGGCGGAGAAUCGAUCUGGGGCGGGGAGUUCGAGGACGAGUUCUCGGUUCUCAAGCACGACAAGGCUUAUACACUGUCGAUGGCGAACGCGGGACCGAAUACCAACGGAAGUCAGUUCUUUAUUACGACAGAGAAAACGCCUUGGUUGGAUGGGAAACACACGGUGUUUGGCCGUGCGGUGCAGGGGUUGGAUGUUGUGCACAAGAUUGAAAAUGUCAAGACACAUAAGGAGAAACCCGAGGUUGAUGUGAAGAUCGUCAGUAUUACAGUUUCAUGAUGGAUUUUUGUUUUGUACUAUAUUAGGUAGCUAGCCAGCGAUUUGAUGAUCUAUUCGAGAAAUAUACCAUUGUCUUUCUGCCCGGU